AUGGAGUAUAUUCGAUAUCGAGAUAUCGAAAUCACCAUCCCAUCAGCUACCUUGGGACCUGUUCAAUGGGAAGAUUUGGAGGUAAAGUUUACACUGAGGUUCACCAAAUUUAAAAGGGAUACACCACGAGAGAAUGACAUGAUAUAUCUUGCUCCUCUCGAUAAUGACGAAGUUAAUCACGUAUGCCCGUUAGCUUUGUUGAUUUCACAUUGUUUACGCCAUGGAUUGGUACAACCGGUGGGAGCCAAGAGUCUACAAGAUGUUUUAGACCACGCAGUUUCGUCGGGAAUAUGUACAAUUCAAUGGGUUUAUCCCGACUAUCCAGUAAUGGUUUCUUUAGCACAUUCUAGAAUGCUCUUAAAUGUUACCGCGUCGAGAUCACAACUAUCCCAAACUGUUAAGCUUGUGGGAAUCAUGUCUGGGGUUGUUGGAAAUCUGACUGGUCAUUCUCUGAGAUCAGGCGCUGCAAGGGAUGUAUCUCAUCUCCCUGGUACAGCCUUUGACGAUGUCGGGUUGACUACACCAGCAGUAGCAGCAGUUUUGAAUCACUCGGAAGCAACCUUGGCCCAUGGGACAUCAAGACAUUAUGCUGGUGAGAUGUCAGCACUUGUGUACAAUGAACGUAUUAAGGCGAUGCCAACUCCACGGGGAGCACCUAAGAUCACAAGUGACCCAGUGUUUGAUAUCUAUCGUGCACCUAUAUCUCUCGAAGAAGUUCAAACAUGGCAAAAGGAUAAUCAAUCAACUGAUCCUAAUCCAUCAUCUUUCAAUGCUAUAUGCAAGGCUAGGAAAGCCAUCAGAGAUGCACGCUUGAAGAAUACAUGGGAAGAAACGAAAACUGCCACUACUGCUGCCGCCAAAACAUCUGCGAUUGUGCUCAAGGACCUAUCUACUAAUACAAAGGCGCUCCCUCGAAAGGAUGUCUUGAAAAGUGUACCAGUUUCAGAUGCCCUUCCUCCACCAGCGAAUCAUAAUGAUCUAGCCUGGCAUGCCAAUAUUGAUCCUCGGCUAUUAUCCGAUAAUCCAAAUCCUCAAUCCUUGGGUAUCGCUGAAGAUGAGGGUUAUGUAACAGGCACAGCAUUUGAUAUGGAUGAAGACGAAUUAGAUGAGAUUGAAAUAGCAACCUCGCAAUUAGAUGCGCUUCACACUAUCAUCGCUCCUAUGAGAAUGGUAUAA